AUGGAUUUCAAUCCAUUCCAAGACUCUGCAAAAUUUGUUGAACUACUAAAUAGUCAACAAAAGGUAGUCUUUGGCAGUCAAGGCAGUGCUUCUCGAUCAUCAUCGCAAGUUCCUUUCUUCAGUCAAGGUACCGAAGAAGGUCGCGAUCUUCCAGCAGAGCGUAAGGAGCGAAGAGCGUGGACUCCAACAGAUGAUAUAGUGCUUAUUAGCUCGUGGUUGAACACGAGCAAGGAUCCAGUUGUUGGGAAUGAGCAGAAGUCAGUCGCUUUCUGGACAAGAGUUGCAACAUACUUCUCAGCUUCUCCUAAGAUUUCUGGCAGUGAAAAAAGAGAGGGUCCUCAAUGCAAGCAACGCUGGCACAAGUUGAAUGAAGCAGUUUGCAAGUUUUGUGGGGCGUAUGAAGCAGCAACAAGAGAGAAAAACAGUGGUAUGAACGAGAAUGACGUUGAAGUUCGAGGAUGGAAGUCAUUAGCCAGCUCUCAAGUCCCUGAAAACCCUGCUGCUGUUGAUGUGGAUGGAACAUCUCGUCCCCCGGGUGUUAAGGCUUCAAAAGCUCGUGGGAAGAACCCACAGGCUGAGGAGAAACGGCUGUCUGACUUCCAGAGUUUGUGGAGCAUCAAGCAGAAUGACUUGGCAAUGAAGGAAAGACUCUCCAAGCUGAGGAUACUUGAGAAUCUUCUUGCAAAAGACCCACCACUAGCUGAUUAUGAAGAAGUGAUUAUGAAGGAGCUGAUAAAUGAGUUGAUGAGUAUUAGUUGUCAUGUCAAGGUCAAGAAGAUCGAACUUGAACUUGUGAAGGAGUACUUCUUUAUCUCUGCGUUUUAA